CUUUCCUCCAGUAGAAGAUAAAGCAGGCUGUCACCAACCCAAGGGAGCUGUGACAUCCCCGUCUAGCCAGUAGUCCCCUUAUUCUAAAUCCAAGUGCUACCUCUGAGAGCCUAUUCCUUGCCAGUUUAGGCCUGACCAUCCACUGCUAGAAUAGUUCUAGGAACAGGCUAUUAAAGAGACAGAUGGGAAUUAUGAUGGAUAUUCUUGGUUGUCAACUUGAUUACAUCUGUAAAAGAACUACAAUCCGGAAAUGUACAUACAAUCUCUCACCUGUGGGAGAUUCUUUUUGGCUUGGUUUGAAGUGGGUGAAUCCACUUCUAUCCCAGACCUCUGAGGUGGGAAGAGACAAACCUUAAUCUGGAUCCUGAGGUGGGAUGACACACCUUUAAUCUGGGUCUCGCCUUCUGCCGGAAGCCUAUAUAAGGACAGAGAAGAAGGAAGCUUUUUCUCCUUGCCUGCUUCCGUCACCUUGUGAGCAAGUCCAUCCAUUCACUGGCAUUAGAGCCUUCCUUGGACUCCAGCCUUCGUCUGCUGAAGACCAGCUGAGACCCCUGGCCUUGUGGACUGGACAACUGCUGGAUUCUUGGACUUUCUGGUCACAGCCUUUGUUGGAUUAUCUGCAAUGCAGCCUCGUUCUCCAGUUUUACAGUCAAACCGUGGGGAAAAAAAACCCGGCUUUCUCCAGAGAAAGAGUAAGCGUGCCAAAAGCACAUGCUUGCUGGGAACAAAGGAUGUGAUGGAGUUGCUUGAAGAAGAUCUCACAUGCCCGAUUUGUUGCAGUUUGUUUGAUGAUCCCCGAGUGUUGCCCUGCUCACACAACUUCUGCAAAAAAUGCUUAGAAGGGCUCUUAGAGGGGAAUGUGCGGAAUUCAUUGUGGAGACCAUCUCCAUUCAAGUGUCCUACCUGUCGUAAGGAAACUUCAGCUACUGGAGUCAAUAGUCUGCAGGUUAAUUACUCCCUAAAGGGUAUUGUGGAGAAAUACAACAAAAUCAAGAUUUCUCCCAAAAUGCCCGUGUGCAAAGAACACUUGGGGCAGCCUCUCAACAUUUUCUGUGUGACCGACAUGCAGCUGAUCUGUGGGGUCUGUGCUACUCGUGGCAGUCACACCAAGCAUGUCUUCUCGUCUAUUGAGGAUGCCUACACUCAGGAAAGGGAUGCCUUCGAGUUCCUCUUUCAGAGCUUUGAGACUUGGCGCCGGGGAGAUGCUCUUUCCCGCUUGGACACUUUGGAAACAAACAAGAGGAAAUCCCUACAGUUGCUCACUAAAGAUUCAGAUAAAGUAAAGGAGUUUUUUGAGAAGUUACAGCACACAUUGGAUCAAAAGAAGAAUGAAAUCCUGUCUGACUUUGAAACUAUGAAGCUGGCAGUUAUGCAGACCUACGACCCGGAGAUCAACAAGCUCAACAGUAUUUUACAGGAGCAGCGAAUGGCCUUCAACAUCGCCGAGGCGUUCAAAGACGUCUCAGAACCCAUUAUAUUUCUGCAACAGAUGCAGGAGUUCAGGGAGAAAAUCAAAGUAAUCAAGGAAACUCCUUUGCCACCCUCUAAUUUGCCCACAAGCCCUUUAAUGAAGAACUUCGAUACCAGUCAGUGGGAGGACAUUAAACUAGUGGACGUGGAUAAACUCUCUCUGCCUCAAGACACCGGCGUGCUCACCAGCAGGAGCCCCUGGCACCCCUGUCUGCUGCUCAUGGCGGUAGUUCUGCUGGGUCUCCUUGUAUUCUUUGGCCCCACUGUAUUCCUGGAGUGGUCUCCACUUGAAGAAUUGGCAACUUGGAAAGACUGCCUUUCAAGCUUCAAUUCUUACCUGACUAAAUCAGCUGACUUUGUAGAGCAAUCUGUUUUUUACUGGGAACAGAUGACAGAUGGGCUUUUCGUUUUUAGUGAAAGAGUGAAAAAUGUUAGUUUGGUGGCACUGAACAAUGUGGCAGAAUUUGUAUGCAAAUACAAACUAUUAUAAAAACUUUCAGUUAUACAGUUCUGCUUCUUUUUUUUUUUUUUUUUGGUUCUUUUUUUUUUUUUUUUUUUUUUUUCCGGAGCUGGGGACCGAACCCAGGGCCUUGCGCUUCCUAGGUAAGCGCUCUACCACUGAGCUAAAUCCCCAGCCCACAGUUCUGCUUCUUGAUGGGAUUGUUAGAGAACACAGGAAUAAUUCAGAUUUGAUAAAGAUUCCAGUCUGUUUCUUUUUUAAAUAUUUCUUUAAUAAUGUCAUUUAUAUGUGAUUAAAAAGUCAGCAUAAAGAUUGAAGUUUAAUAGUCCCAAACCUUCCCUUCCUUCUUAAAAGAGGGUUUUAAAAUAAAUAUUGUUCCUCGAAA